UCUUAUCCUCUCGUCGCCGCGCGCCAACCCGCCACAAAACCCUACGCCUCCGCUCAUCCCUAUCCCCACUCGCCGGAGAUGGCCGCCGGCGACCUCCUCCUCCGCACCCAGAGCGGCCUCCCCGUGCUCGCAAGGGCCUUCCCCAGCUGCCUCUGCCUCCGCGUCCCUGCCCGCCGCCGCCGGGGCGCUCCUCCCCUGACCGCCGCCAAGGUCGACGUCGCCGACGCCGUCGGCCGCCGUGUCAGGUCGGGCGGCGCGGCCGUACCGAAGCGGCGUCGUAGCCGUAGGGACGCGGAGGAGGAGGAGGAGGAGGGCCUCGCGUUCUCGAGGGUGGUCACGGGCAGGGGAAGAGGCGUCCGCGAGGAGGGCGUGGCGGAAGGGGAGGCUCCGGAAUUCGAUGCGGCGAAGAGCGGUGACGAGUCGGGAGGCGUGGAUGGCUCGUACCUCAGCGACACAAGGUUUGAUCAAUGCACUAUUUCUCCGUUGUCACUGAAAGCCGUCAAAGAUGCUGGGUAUGAAAGGAUGACCCAGGUGCAGGAGGCAACUCUGCCAGUAAUCCUUCAAGGUAAAGAUGUUCUUGCAAAAGCAAAGACAGGAACUGGGAAAACUGUUGCCUUUUUGCUUCCAGCCAUUGAAGUUCUCUCCGCAUUACCUAAUUCUCGGAGGGAUCAACUACGUCCAUCUAUAAAUUUGCUGGUGAUGUGCCCUACUAGGGAGCUUGCAAUCCAAGUGGCUGUUGAGGCCAAGAAACUUCUCAAGUAUCACCGCUCGCUGGGGGUGCAAGUUGUAAUCGGUGGCACACGAUUAACCCAAGAGCAACGAAGCAUGCAAGCUAACCCAUGCCAGAUUCUUGUUGCUACACCUGGAAGGCUUAAAGACCAUGUUGAGAACACACCUGGUUUUUCUACCCGACUAAAAGGUGUGAAGGUUCUUGUUCUUGAUGAAGCUGAUCGCCUGCUGGAUAUGGGAUUCAGAAGAGACAUUGAGAGAAUAAUUGCUUCCGUUCCUAAAGAGCGACAGACAUUGCUAUUUUCUGCUACUGUGCCAGAGGAGGUCCGCCAAAUUUCUCAUAUUGCAAUGAAGAAGAAUUAUAAGUUCAUUAACACUGUUAAGGAUGGUGAUGAGGAGACACAUGCACAGGUGAGUCAGAUGUUCAUGAUCGCGCCACUAGAUCUGCACUUCUCUAUCUUAUAUGAUGUAUUGAAGAAGCAUGUUGCAGAGGAUGCAGACUACAAAGUGAUUAUAUUCUGCACUACUGCGAUGGUUACCAAACUUGUCGCUGAAAUUCUUUCCCAACUGAGACUGAAUAUAAGAGAGAUUCAUUCCAGAAAGUCACAAUCUGCCAGAACUAAGGUCUCAGAUGAAUUCAGGAAGUCAAGGGGUCUGAUAUUGGUUAGUUCUGAUGUAUCUGCCCGCGGCGUGGAUUAUCCUGAUGUCACCCUUGUCAUACAGGUUGGGGUGCCAGCUGAUAGACAGCAAUAUAUACAUAGACUUGGUAGAACUGGACGGAAGGGAAAGGAAGGGCAAGGCCUAUUACUGUUGGCUCCAUGGGAGAAGUACUUUCUUAGUAGCAUUAAGGAUUUGUCAAUAUCAGAGGCUACGGUACCUUCUGUUGAUUCAAGCACUCAGACAAUAGUCAAAGACGCAGUCCGGAAAGUUGAGAUGAGGAGCAAGGAGUGUGCCUAUCAAGCAUGGUUAGGAUACUACAACUCUAACAAGACCAUUGGCCGAGAAAAAUCCAGACUUGUUAAGCUCGCAGAAGAGUUCAGCCAAAGCAUGGAGCUUUCAGUUCCGCCAGCUAUACCCAAGCAAAUUCUUCGAAAGAUGGGACUUAACAAUGUUCCUGGGCUGAGAUCUACAUAACCCUGAUGCCUGAAAUUAAGGUCCUUGUGCACUUUGUGCUAAAAGCGUAGAGCACACUAUCGACAUUUGAUCCAUCACUGUGCUCUCUGCUGCGUUUAUGGUAAACUUCAGGCGUGAUGUACCUCACUGCUGCAGAUAUUUGAGCUUUGCAGCUCGGUGGGUUGAUAUUGGUCAGAAGUUUGGACGAUCAACACUAUGUAUGAUCACAGAUCACUUCUCUCGGAGGUUCAGGAGUUCUAAGUUCAACUAUUCAAGCAUGACUAGGAGUCUUUCUGGUCCUCUACAAAUACAGGUUCAAAAACAGACAGUGAUUCUACAGAAGCUCAUAUAGUGCAACACACGAAGAUUUUUAUUUUUACCUUGUUCUGAUCCAUUUUGAGAUGGAUUUACUUGAGACACUAGAUGAUCAGAUCGUUUAUUAAACCCAUGCUUAUAUAUUAUUUAUCAGAUAGUAGCAUUUUUUUGCUACCAUCAUUCAAGACUCCAAGUUGAGCAAGUGAAAAGAGAUGAUAUCAGAGUGUCUAUUA